AUGGAAGAAGACCCUUCGAAGGCGAACGCGGCACCACCUCCGCUGCAUAUCUACCGCCCCAUCCCGCGUCGCAACUUCGAAUCCAACUACGACACGGCCGAUUCGCCCACACACGCCUUCUCGCAAUCCACGCCUCCAAGCGCGACCGAGAAUCGGAGAUCAUCCGACUUCCUCGCUCAGCUGAACGCUCGCUUGCUGGGAACAUUCAACUCUCGCGAUGACGACUCGGACGAUCAGGAGAGAGACAGGGGCCCUCCGCAGCGGAACAAGAGUUACUUGAACAUGACGAGUAGCACUCUCUCCGGAAUAUACGACGAGACGGGUGUGAACACAGCUGGCGAGUUGAGCACGGCGGAAACGCCAUGGGGAACUGGUGCCGAGACACCCGCACACUCAGCCAUGGGCCUCCAAUCCUGGGAAACCAGUAUGGGAAGCCCUGAUGGCGGAAUGGCCUUGAAGAACCAGGCCAGGAACGGGUCAAAUAUGGGCAAAGCUGAAGGACGGCAAAGGAGUCGCUCAAUCAAACAGCCGCGCCGCGGUGUACGGAAAUACUCUGUGAUUGCAGGAAAGCUUGUAGCGUUGUACGUCUUCGGUGUCAUCUACGGAGUCAUUGUCUCGCAUCUUCACGAGACGAGGCAACUGGCAGCUGUACAUGUUGAAGGCGUCGAUCGCAAGAGUCAGGCAUACCUUGUCUCCUGGGGGCUAUUCGGAGUUGCUCUAGGAAGCUUGCUACCAUACGUUGAUCUCUUGUGGGAUGCGCAGCGGAAAGAGAGCCAGAUGGAAGACAAGGGGGCAGAGACACAUGAUUCACCCAUUAGUGAGCAGAUCAACGAUGUGGUGAGGAGUGUGGCAGCCUUUGUAGGGAUUGCAUUUGCCAUUCGUCGUCUCCCCUGGCAAUCAACCCUCCAACUGACCUUGACUCUGGCCCUCGUGAACCCCGCCCUAUGGUAUAUACUCGAUCGCUCGAAACCCGGCCUUUCCGUCUCACUCACCGUCACGUCGAUUCUUACCUCUUUCAUAUUCCUAUCCAAUCCAGAUGUUCUUCCCUCGCCGUCAUUACCAUCCACCACAAACGCCACGCAAGUCCCAUCCAUUGGCAGCCAUACGCACACAAAAGGAAGGCCAGCUCCAGUUGUUACACCAGAACUGUUUGCUGGUAUGGUCAGCUACGAGAACCUAGCUGUCGUUACAUGGGUUGGCAGUGUCCUGUUUUGUAGUUGUGUUUGCUUUGGGAGUAUAGGCAGGAGGCUGGCUGUGCUGGAAGAGAGUGGGUGGAAGAGGUGA